AUGCUCCGGCUACUAUUUAUCGUUCGCCUUCUCUUUUUAAUGCCACUAGCUUCAUCGAGAUCCAACCACAGUGAAGAAGUCGAGAAUCUUCUCAAACUGAAAUCCACCUUUGGAGAAACAAAAUCCGACGACGUCUUUAAGACCUGGACUCACCGGAAUUCGGCAUGUGAAUUCGCCGGAAUCGUAUGUAAUUCCGACGGAAACGUCGUCGAGAUCAACCUUGGAAGUCGGAGUUUGAUCAACCGAGACGACGACGGUAGGUUCACCGAUCUUCCUUUCGAUUCAAUCUGCGAUUUGAAGUUGCUGGAGAAGCUUGUUCUAGGAAACAACUCUUUACGUGGUCAGAUUGGUACGAAUCUCGGGAAAUGUAAUCGCUUGAGAUACUUAGACCUCGGGAUCAACAAUUUCUCCGGUGAGUUUCCGGCGAUUGAUUCGUUACAAUUACUCGAGUUUUUGAGCUUAAACGCUUCUGGAAUCUCUGGAAUAUUCCCAUGGAGUUCUCUAAAAGACCUGAAACGAUUGAGUUUCCUAAGCGUUGGAGAUAACCGAUUCGGUUCGCAUCCAUUUCCUAGAGAGAUUCUAAAUCUCACUGCCUUGCAAUGGGUUUAUCUGAGUAACAGCAGCAUCACUGGUAAGAUUCCAGAGGGAAUCAAAAACCUUGUUCGUCUACAAAACUUGGAGCUCUCUGAUAAUCAGAUCUCUGGUGAAAUUCCAAAGGAGAUUGUUCAGCUCAAAAACCUAAGGCAGCUUGAGAUUUAUAGUAAUGACUUGACCGGUAAGUUACCAUUGGGUUUUAGGAAUUUGACGAAUCUGAGGAAUUUCGACGCCUCUAACAACUCCUUGGAAGGUGAUUUAUCAGAGCUGCGGUUCUUAAAGAAUCUUGUGUCUCUUGGAAUGUUCGAAAACCGAUUAACCGGUGAGAUUCCAAAAGAGUUUGGAGAUUUCAAGAGUUUAGCUGCUUUGUCUCUUUACAGAAACCAGCUCACAGGGAAGCUUCCGAGGAGACUCGGUUCUUGGACAGCUUUUAAGUACAUCGACGUGUCUGAGAACUUCUUGGAAGGUCAGAUUCCUCCUUAUAUGUGCAAGAAAGGCGUAAUGACGCAUCUUCUCAUGUUGCAGAACAGAUUCACAGGACAAUUUCCAGAGAGUUAUGCUAAAUGUAAGACUCUGAUUCGUCUUCGUGUAAGUAACAACUCUCUCUCUGGAAUGAUUCCUUCAGGGAUUUGGGGUCUUCCUAAUCUACAGUUUCUUGACCUUGCUUCAAACUAUUUUGAAGGAAACCUCACUGGUGAUAUUGGUAAUGCCAAGUCUCUAGGUUCUUUAGAUUUGAGCAAUAAUAGAUUUUCAGGUUCUCUACCGUUUCAGAUCUCAGGAGCUAACUCGUUAGUGUCGGUUAAUCUUCGAAUGAAUAAGUUUUCCGGGAUAGUUCCUGAAUCUUUUGGUAAGCUUAAGGAGCUUUCAAGUCUCAUUCUUGACCAGAAUAAUCUAUCUGGUGCUAUACCAAAGUCACUAGGCUUAUGCACAUCUUUGGUUGAUCUAAACUUUGCUGGAAACUCACUCUCUGAGGAAAUCCCGGAAAGUUUAGGAUCUUUAAAGUUAUUGAAUUCCCUGAAUCUGUCAGGAAACAAAUUAUCAGGAAUGAUUCCUGUUGGUUUGUCGGCUCUGAAGCUAAGCUUACUUGACUUAUCCAACAACCAAUUGACCGGUUCUGUUCCUGAAUCUCUCGUAAGUGGAAGCUUUGAAGGAAAUUCAGGACUAUGCAGCUCAAAGAUCAGAUAUCUUCGUCCAUGUCCGCUUGGAAAACCUCACAGCCAAGGGAAGAGGAAACAUUUGUCAAAAGUCGACAUGUGUUUCAUUGUUGCAGCGAUACUUGCUCUGUUUUUCUUAUUCAGUUACGUGAUCUUUAAGAUAAGACGAGAUAAGUUGAAUAAAACGGUGCAGAAGAAGAACGACUGGCAAGUGAGCUCUUUCCGGUUACUAAACUUUAAUGAAAUGGAAAUUAUUGAUGAGAUCAAAUCAGAGAAUAUCAUAGGCAGAGGAGGUCAGGGGAAUGUUUACAAAGUAAGUCUAAGAAGCGGUGAAACACUAGCCGUUAAACAUAUCUGGUGUCCGGAGAGUUCCCACGAAAGCUUUAGAAGCUCAACGGCAAUGUUAAGUGACGGCAAUAACAGAAGUAAUAACGGAGAAUUCGAGGCAGAAGUCGCGACGCUAAGCAAUAUAAAACAUAUAAACGUUGUGAAGUUGUUCUGCAGCAUAACGUGUGAGGACAGUAAGCUGCUUGUCUAUGAGUAUAUGCCUAAUGGAAGCUUGUGGGAGCAGCUGCAUGAGCGUCGUGGUGAGCAAGAAAUUGGGUGGCGUGUGAGACAAGCGUUAGCUUUAGGAGCUGCUAAAGGGCUGGAGUAUCUUCACCAUGGGUUAGAUCGGCCGGUGAUACAUCGAGACGUGAAGUCCAGCAAUAUAUUGCUUGAUGAGGAAUGGAGACCAAGGAUUGCUGAUUUUGGAUUGGCUAAAAUCAUUCAGGCUGAUUCGGUUCAACGAGAUUUCUCGGCUCCUCUUGUCAAAGGAACUCUUGGUUACAUUGCCCCCGAAUAUGCAUAUACUACCAAAGUGAACGAGAAGAGCGACGUGUACAGCUUCGGGGUGGUGUUAAUGGAGUUGGUGACAGGGAAGAAGCCGUUAGAGACAGAUUUCGGCGAGAACAAUGACAUAGUCAUGUGGGUUUGGAGCGUGAGCAAGGAGACGAACAGAGAAAUGAUGAUGAAAUUAAUCGAUACGAGCAUAGAAGAUGAAUACAAGGAGGAUGCUCUUAAAGUUUUGACCAUUGCUUUAUUAUGCACGGACAAGUCUCCUCAGGCUAGACCGUUUAUGAAAUCAGUAGUUAGUAUGCUAGAAAAAAUAGAGCCUUCCUAUAACAAGAACAGUGGAGAAGCAAGUUACGGUGAGAGUGCUAAUGAUGAGAUUACUAAAGUUGUAUAACUCAUAGAUUGCACUUGGUUAUUAAUCGAGCUAAGGCUCAAGAAUAAUAAAUUCUUGAUUGGUUUUAUACUUAAAAAAAUUCUUCAGAGAAAGAUUCUAAGACCAUUCAAGAGUUUUGUAUCAUCUUCAUCUACAUGGACAAAAAAGAAAGUAGUAGUUGUAAAGGGUUAGUGUAAAUUGAAAAGCCAUAAGAUUUUCUAUGAUAAUACUCUUUAAAAAUAAUUAAAAAGAUAAAGCAAAAAGCCAUAGUUAUUAAAUAACUUACAGACGAACAUUUAUAAAAUACAUCGCAACGAUAGGACAUGCAUGAUCAUCACAAUCACAAAGAUCAGAGACAUCUUCAGAUGUUUCUUACAUAAGUUUUGUAUACACACACACACAUAUUUAGCAUCAAGUUACAGUUUCAACUUUCAGCCCUGGCGGUCAAUCUCCACCGUCCAUCCCUUGGUAUCCUCGACCCGACCCGUCUGGAUAUCACUUAACG